AUGGUCUGUCGUUACACGGCCACGAGUGAUAUCGCCAUUUCCCGUGGUGAGAUCGUCAUCCGGCUCGAUCUCAGGCAAGGCAGUGUUGCUUUCUCGGCUAUUGUAUCAAUCGGCCGGGCUAGCCGGGAUGAGGUGACACUGCACCACCAGCAGGACAAAGGAGUGAGUAGUAGUUUUACGCUUGCCAAUGCGGUGGAUGGGGUGGCGAAACCCUUGGUCCACCGGGUUACAGAUGAGUGCAACUAUCUCCUAGUACAAGCGAAAGAGUUUCUCGAGGCUGCGAAGCCCAUAGCGUUGGAGUUCGGGUUUGCAUAUGGAGCGGAGGGUGGUUUAGCGGGUACUCAACGUAUGGAGACAACCAUGCAACCUGAGUUGAGCGUUGGGAAGACACACUCUGAAGAUCCCAUCGUCUUAUUUAUGACCUUUGCUUGGACGCCUCGUGGUGGAGCUUCCUAUCGGGGUAACCUUUGUAACCGAGAAGUCUGUAUCGGGUCUAUCACACACUAG